AUGGCCGAUGCCAUGUCACGUAUCCUUGGAACCCCCGACCAUGUUUUUUCCACCUACUACUCUGACAACCGCCUCUGUGAGCUUCGCAAAGAAACCGGGAAGCGUCUCCAUCAGGCUCUCGACCAUCAGGGCCGCGGAGAUACUGUCUUCAUCGUCCCUCGCACCCCUCUCAAAAGGAAGAACCGCCAAGCGACUGGCACCACCCGGCGGCCCGCGAGCACCCAGGAUAAACGCAAGUCGGAGACCAAGAAGGAUGUCGUAGUUUAUUUCUAUGUGCAGUCUGGUAAACCACCCAAAGAAUUGCGGCUUGAAGGACGAACCUCUAAGGACGGCGACACCAUUUACCUCCAAUGGGAGCAGAACCAGGCCGUCUUGAAGAAGUUCAAGGAGGACAACGACCUUGGUCCGCGUGAGCGACUUGACGUCUGGGACGACACUGAAGACGCUUGGUCUCCCAAGAAAACGCGCGACAAGAUUUUACUCCUUCCCGGCAGCCCUCCUCGCACCCCUCGCACGCUCCUCCUCUGGGUCCUCCGGCUCUGCGUCUUCCUCAUCUGCACUGGCCUCCUCCACCUCACCCACCUCCGCGUGUGUUGCCCCUGCGCCAGCGGCCGGCCGCUCUCCCAGGCCUCCCUCCACUCCCCCACGCCCGGCACACCACUCUCCAAGUCCGCGUCCGCGUCGGGCGCGAGCGAGCUCGUUGUGUCCCGGCGUACGUCCGGCCGCAGCCUCCCACCGUCCGCGUCGACGUCCGGGCUCAGGCCCACCCUCGCCACAUCCGCGCCCCGUCAUGUCGCUCGUCCUCGCCGCACCCCCCGCACACUCCCCUACAGCGCGCACUCGACGCUCGCCACCAGCUCCGUCCUGCAGACCCAAGGACCCGCACACCGCCUCGCCCCCCGUGCGCCCGCCUUCGUUCAGGUCGCCCUCCGCCUCCCCCGCCUCCAGUCUCUUGGCCGUGCUUAG